AUGAGCGAUCAGAGGCGGAGAAUCGAAGAUUCAGAGUCGCUGCGUCCACCUCGCUGGCGGAUGGGCAGGUUUGUCGUCUCGCUUCUCGCCAAGGCAAACUCUGCCAGAGCCUUACCUCAAGCGCUUCACGCCAACGACGCGAAAUUAUCCUCCUCAUCGACCACGCCCUCUGUCUCCACUGCCGCUCCACAGGCUAGUGGCUCCCCGUGGUCCACAGACGAUGUUUCCGACGGGCAAGAGCAUGACAUCGUCAAUCACCACACUGAGGGCGAGAACAAUCCCAAGGAUGUCUCCACGGACGAUAGUGCAGUCUCCUUGGGGAUUCUGGUGGAUGGGGUAGAAUCUGGUUCGACAGCGGAUGGUGCCAGCCUUCAGGUGUCUGUCACUCCAGCUGAAGUAGUGUCAGGAGCCCUGGUUGGAGUCGUUGCUCCCGCCGCGUUGGCGUAUGGGCAGCCUCAGUCUGGCGAAGAUGGCAACGUGGCCGCCGCCGCUAACACACCGCCUUUGACCGGAAGCGCGAAGGUAAACUCUACCGCCGCCCCGCCUCAAGUACCUACAGCCGGCAACGCCAAACUGUCCACCUCCACUGCUGUCACUAGUGGCUCCCCGUCGUCCGUCGGCCAUAUCUCCAAUGGCGAAGAAGCGAACGCCGCCGCCGAUUAUAGCAUUCGGGGAGAUGCAGAGCCCCACGGCAGUCCGAUGGCAAAGGGUGCAGAGGCUUCAGGCGAGCUGGACGAUGGAGUCGAGGAUAGAUCCCAAGUGGAAGGCACGAGCCUCCGGUCUACGACUCCUCUUGAAGACCUGUCGGAGGCCUAUGAUAGAGGAACAAAUGGCGGCUCGGCAGAGGAGAGUACUGCCAGUGAAGCUCCUGUCAGCGCGCCUGCACAUCGUUCAGAGGUGGCGGCAGAAAAUCGUUCACUCGCUGCUAUGACUCCGGCUGAAAUCGCCUUGGACGCUCUCGAUGAUGUCGUGUCCCAUGGUCCGCUUGCACCCUCUUCUGCCCUGUCUGUGGGAGAGAUGGACGGUACUUCUGCGGCGCCCAACGCUAACGUCAAGAAGAUUGACGAGCCAACUUAUCUCCAGGCGCCAAUGAAGGCCAAGGAUGCUCUCGAGAGCAUGAGCGAACGUCAAGGUUCUGCUAGUACAAUCCGAUGCGAUAGGGUCACUAGGUCGUCCAAGGUAAAGGCUGAGGAUCAUCAAAGUCUCAGUCGGGCUUCCGCUACCCCACCCAAAAAUAAAAGAAAAUAUCUUGGGGAAGACAAUGGGAGUUCUUGUACAACCAUGAGGGAGAACUCCACCGUUGGGCAUGAAUCGCCCUUGAAGGCAGAGCCGAGGAACGGACAAGCCGUGCCGUCUGUUAAGGCGAAGAGGAUGAAGACCGAGAAGCCCUGA